GGCAGGGUUGUACUCCGCUCGCGCCGCGUCCCGCGUCUAGAGUGCCAUCCAAAAGAAUACCCGUGCAAACAAAACACAUUUUCCGUAACAGUGUUGUGACAUAAUUGCUAAUCUGGAUAAUAUAAUCAAAAUCGAGAGUCCCAGCAGUAUGAAGCUGGAGUGGACGGAAAGCGAGUCCGACUAUGGACUAGAGGAGGCCGCGUUUUACGAGGCACCCGCCGCCAUACCGCCGGCUCCGCGCAAACAUGUCUCCUUCAACUUGCGACUUGAGCUGUGCGAUGAAGGCGGCGGCGCAGCCGAAGGUAUCAAGACGGAGCCUCCCGAAGCAGAGGAGCCUCGCACGAUGCAGAAAGUACCUUCGCUUUCCGAUCUCACAGAUCCUGAAGCUUCCCUUGACAUCCCGUCGCAGGUGCCACCGCUCACGCCCGGCACCAACAAGAAGAUGGCCGAGGCGCUGAAGGCCACCUUCGCCUCCUGGGAGAAGGAACAGCUGCGCCUCGGCGUGCCAAAAGAUCCUAGACAAUGGAGCGAGGCGGCUGUAGCGGCGUGGCUUCGUUGGGCAGCGCGGGAGUUCUCACUGGAAGGCGUAGCACUUCAACAGUUUGCGCGUGUGCAGGGCAAAGACAUCUGCGCCAUGGGCAGGGAGGAAUUCGUUGCACGAGCGCCAGCCUUCAUGGGAGACAUACUAUGGGAACACCUGGAGAUAUUACAAAAAGAUGUAGAGAAAGAGCGAUCACUGCUCGCGAACGUUCCACCGAACAUGUAUGAGAGCAACGUAUGCCUGCCCGAACUGCCUGACUAUAUUCCGCCACCUGCACACCACUACAACAAUAACAAUAAUACGGGGGGCUACACAACAGGCGGUCCCCGCGAAACAAACACCUACUACACAGAAGCAAGCGGCGGCGCGGCGGCACCAACACAUGCGCCUGCGCCGGCCGCGGCUUCACCCCUCGACGAGUACUACCAGCCCGAGUACCCACCGCCAGCGCCCUCGCAGCCGUACCUCGACGACUACUACCACCACGCGCAUGCGCAUACGCAGCCCCUAUUACACGAGCACAAAUACCAGCCACACGCGUACAGCAAGCCUUAUCCGAGAACGACAGGCGGGAGAUACGGCGCGGGCGGAGAAGUUUACGGCGAGGCUUACGCGACGGAGUACGGAGGCUGCGCGGAGUGGAGCGAGUGGCCUGGCGAACAGCAUGCGCUACUUCCGCAAGACAAGCUGCCCUACCCGACUUCCGGGCCCUGCUUCACUGGCUCAGGCCCCAUCCAGCUGUGGCAGUUUCUGCUGGAGCUGCUCACGGACAAGAGCUGCCAGGGUUUCAUCUCGUGGACCGGCGACGGCUGGGAGUUUAAACUCACUGACCCUGAUGAGGUGGCUAGACGCUGGGGCAUCCGCAAGAACAAGCCUAAGAUGAACUAUGAGAAGCUUUCCCGCGGACUCCGUUACUACUACGACAAGAAUAUAAUCCACAAGACGGCUGGCAAGCGCUACGUCUACCGCUUCGUCUGCGACCUGCAGAGCUUGCUUGGAAUCUCACCAGAGCAACUGCACGCAAUGUACGAGCCUAAAAUGGAGAAGAAAGACGACGACUGAUCCCGACUCUACAUCACCACGUCUCACCACAUUCAUUUAGUAAAUUAGUAAAUGAAAAAAUGGAAUUCAAAAGCUACCUUCUCAACCAUACACAAUAAAAAUAAGCAUAAAGCCAUAAACGUGUACAUAUUUCUGUCACUAAAAAUACAAUUCUUUUGUUUUUGUAAGCCGAGCGCAAAUCUUACUGUUUGGUAUGAAUUUGCUUGGCUUGAUACAAAAUUAACUGUACGUAUUAUCUGUUAUGAAACAAAAUCAUAUUAUUAAUUCAAAUAGAUGCGAUUUCUAUAUUGCAUCUACCCUACCAGCUGAAUUGGCGUGUCCACACUAUAGGUAUUCUUAUGAACCUAGGUAUAACUUACUCAAAAAGUACGUAAUUUAAAAAAUUAAAAACACAACUGCUACAUCAAUACUGUAAUAAGGUGGAUGCGCAAUGCAUCCAAAUCUGUUCAGGCAUUUACAAGUUGUGGUUGAAUAAAUUUUUAUUACACUCCAUUGGCCAGUCGUGUAAAAUAAUAAAAACUUGUUCAAUUUCAGAGUCAUCCUUCCAAAUGACCCUCUUGUAAAGUUUGCGUGCCGUGCUAGUUAUUAUUCUAUUUUUUUUCUAACUUGUCUUAUUAUGUAAGCAAUGUUUUCACUAAUUUUUAGUAUGAUUCAAAAUAUAUAAAUAAAAUAACGUUUGUUAAGAUCAAUAAAAGUAGGUGAAAUAAAAAAAAUAUUCUUUGAAUCGUUAUUUUUACAUUAUUCAUAUUUUAAAAACAUACAUUCUUUACUGUAAAAAGUAAUAUAAAUAUUGUUUACAUAUGACAAGGUAAUAAAAAUGGUUUAACGCAUGCUAUAAAGGCAUGUAGACGCGACAUGAUAGAGAUAAAAAACUCAAGAGUGUAAACACGCCAUAGUAAGUUUAAAAAUGCUACUACGACCUCGAAAUCCUACUUUUUUUCAUGUAUACUUCCAAAACGUAGUGUUUCAGUAAAAAUGUCGGAUUUGAUCUCAUGCACAUCCACCAGUGGAAUUUAUUUACUUACUAAUGAGGUUUAAAUCUAAAUGGUUUUAAUAAAUAUCAUACCAUACCUACAUACUUACUUAUAAGUACCAGAUUAACCAAUGGUGCCUUAACACAAACAGACUGUUGUUGUUUUUUCUAUAUUGAUUUAAAAAAACCAACAUUAAUUUAAAAUAAUAACAAGAUUAAAAAUAAAUUAAACUCAGGCUAAGUUCAGUAAUCUCAAAAAUAUUAUUUUAUAAUGAUUUCUGUCGUAAGAUCUAAUUUUUAAAUGAUACACAAAAAUAUCCGAAGUAUGGGGUAAAGUAAAAAUAUACCUACACAUUUUCAUUGCUCAUUUCUAUAACAAGAAAAAAAAAAUUAUAACUUUCAAUGAUAUUAGUUCAAUGAAAAUGGAGUCCAAUGUCGAGAAGUUUUGCUUAAACUUUUCGCAUUAUUUUUAGAGAUCUAUUUGACACUUGUUUUUAUUUUACGUUACUGUCUUUCGAAGCUAUCCUAAUCUACUAUUAGAAGAAUAUAACUAACUUGCUUUUAGCACUGUUAUUAUUUAUGGAAGCUUUUUCUGGGGCUUAAGAAAUCGUUUAUAAUAUAAUUUCAUCCCAUUUUUACAACGUGAUGUCUAUUUGUAUGCGUUUUACGCACAUUUGGAACUCUUGAUUGAUCCAAAUUUUUAUUUCUUUUUGACAUUUAUGUUUGUGCCUACUCGUCCUUCCCAAAUAUCCGUUAAAUGUACCUACCUAUAGUAUACUAUACCUAUACCUCUAGGUACAUACAAACAUUUUUUUAUUUCAAUCACAUUGUUAAGUACUCAUUUUGACAACCCCUGAACUAGGUACUGAGAGUUAGUAAUAAACAAUAGAUUAAAAUAAUAAAAAAAUCUGCUAUCACUUUAAUAGUACUGUAUAUAUAAGUUAAUUUUGUUACUUUAAAAAAUAAUUAGGUAUUAUAAUAUUAUAAUAGGUAUUAAGUGUUGUAUGUUUGAUUCGCAAAUUGUUGCAAUAUGCGGUUAAAUUAAUGCAUAGUUAGAAUGAUGACGGACAAGAAAAAUCUAUUUAAUUCAAUAAAGCCCAAAGAUUAUUGAAAUCUAUCUACGUGCCCACCAAUUGGUAAUAUAACUACUGUGAAAUCACCAUAGGGACUUCACUUCGAUAUUGUAAAACAUCGUUUCAUGUUUUAUAGACAGUGCAUUCAAUUUUGGUAGUGAUAAGCCAUCAACUUGUGGAUUAUUUUAACUCUGAAGAAUUUAAGCAACACCGGGUGACGUCAACUUGUCGCUGAUCUCGUGGUAAGGGAUUGUAUGUCUUACUAGUUAUGAAAUUAAUUAGUUGUAUUAUUUUCAAUUUUUAUAGCUCCUAGCAUACACCGAAGAUAUUUCGAUAAGUUUUAUUUUGUAAAGUAUUACUCCUCCAUCAAUAUUAUACUCUUUACUCCGUUGGUCAAUGUAAUUGAGCGAUUCAUAUUCCGAAAAAACUAAAUGUUGUUAAACCGGCUUUUGACUGGAGGCGCAAGCUGAAGAAACCUAAAUCAAACCUAAGCUAAACGGCCGAGUGGCGCAGUGGGCAGCGACCCUGCUUUCUGAGUCCAAGGCCGUGGGUUCGAUUCCCACAACUGGAG